AUAAGAACGGGGUAUGAUGCUCAACUCAUUGACCAACUCUGUGCCAAAAGUGAAAUCAGGAGGGCUAAAAGGGGACACAGGAUGGCAUUGACAGUACAUGAAGGGCAAAAGGGUAACUAGGGAGACACUAGUGCGUCUUAAAGAUCAACAAGAUCGUUUAUGUGUGGAGCCACAGGAGAUCAAUGGGAUUGCAACUUUCGCCAGUGAUGAGCUGAUCCCGGGGAUGAGAUUACCUCGUUCUGAUGAGCAGGGUGGCCCACAAUCUUUCGCUCCCUUGAAAAGGACACAGCAGCUCCAUAGUAAAUACGCGAAGUGCAAGAAUGAGGUGGGAGAACCGCUGGUACCUCCGAGUUCACCAGCUGACAUUGUUUGGUGGGAGACUGCCGACAGUCAUGGAGUCAUAGAGAUGUACAACAUGGAAACAGAUCCUUCGGUCCAACUUGUCCAUGCUGUGGGAUAUAGCACAAGCAGUGUUACUUCUGCAAUCAUAAUUACUUAUGCAAGGAAACAGAGUUUAUUGGCACAGACUCCGCCCCUUGAAUUCGCUGUUCAUUCGAUUCAACUGGGAGAUUGGGUCUUAGUAAAAUCAUGGACAGAGACUAAAUUGCAACCGGACUUGGAAAGGCCGUACCAGGCUCUUUUGACCACUGAAACAGCGAUAAGAAUGGCGGGGAAAGGCUGGACUCACUACACUCGGGUCAAAGGGCCAGUGGAAUCUCCAGUUGAGGAAGAAGUCUGGACAGCCGAAUCAACGGAAGCACCACUGAAACUCAAGCUAAAGAGACUUUGAGUAACAGAUUAUACAGUGGCGAUGCGAGCGUGGGAUUAUUUCUGUAGGAUUGUAUAUUAAGUCUUUUUGUGCUUCAACACGAUUUUUAGAAUGCUGGGGAUGCAUAGGGUUAUGAUACAAGCUCUCUUAGUAUUGGGAUUUUGUCAAACAUUAUUUUCAUAUGUGUUAUUAACGGUCCUUGAGUCUGAUAAUCCGCAAGUAAUAGAUCUGACGCACGUAGCUUAGUAAAUUGUGGGGAUGUAGAUAAUCAGAGACAGUACAGCAGCUCAGAGAUACAUCUUAAGUCCUUUGGGGAUGGUCUCGGGGAUGGUACUUGGUAUAAUCGUUUCGUCAUAGUAUACCGGGCCCCCUUCUGAUCAGCUCUUGAUUGUCCCGAUUAAAAAGUGUAACCCAAUAUAUCUAACGAUAAAGAAAACCACAUGGCACGAAGCAACUCUGGGGGUGGGGGGCCACCUAUGAUAUACAAUUAAAUGAAACAUUUGGGAUAGGAAUGAAAACAAACGGUAAGGAUUUCUCGGGCUGUUGUUUUCGAAUUAGUGUAGGACAGGGAAAAUGGGCAGAACUACUGGAUAAUAAGGUACAACCCUUCACCUCUCUCGAUGACCUUAAAGUAGUAAACAUUGUACAGGUGAAGGACUUUGAAACAGACCAUUGAAAUAGAAACUGGUUACGGGGAUGCAAAUGCCUGGGUUGAAUGGGUAAAGUAUACUGUAAAAAGUCUGAACAAGAGCAAU